AUGCCGUCGGCUUUCGAAUCGAGCUUCAUCAAUACCGAAACUGAGCCAGGGACUCACCAAGAAGAAGGAGAGCCUCCGGUAGGAACAAUAUGUUGUUUUAGGUGGAUUGUGGGGUUUUUUACUUAUUUUUGUGAUCUACUUACUUUAUUUCAGUUACUUUAUUUAUAUAUUGCUUUUCAAAACUUUAAAUUGUUCUUUAGUACGUUGAUACAAGUCUGGAGGAUAUAACUGAGCUUGGAACUUGCAAUCACUUGUCUUGCCUAAGAGAAAACGUAAGGUCUACUAUAAUAUCGAGCAAAAAUAAAUACAUAGCACUCAGUUCUUUAUAUAAUUUGUUGUUUAAUUUGUCUAACUAUCUAUAAUACUUUUUAUACAUUCAGGCUAUCAUAAUAUACAAUCUUUUAGGCUAAGAGGUUGAGCACUUAUGGGAAGGUGUUUGACUCGAAUGACGCAUUGUAUUGUGGUAAGUUCGCAGCGGAUCUUGAAGUUGUUCUACAGUAUGCAAAGGCCAGCCGUUGCGAAGAUAAGAUUCAAUUCUACUCGGUCGAGUUUCUAGCGAAAAAAUGUGAGUUUUUUGUUGUUUUUCGAGGUUUUUAGGUAAUAAAAGAAUUAUUGUAGAAUAAUAUAGAUAGGAAUAGGUUAAAAUAUAAAUAAAAUGUUGCAUAUGGGUCUUUGUGGUUCUAUAUUGCACUUUAAUUAAUGUUUUUUGCAGUUCCAUCGAAAAAAGAAGUGAAUCCACCUAAAGCAAUACAAUUUCGUGUUUCAAACUUCAAACAUCUGAAGGAUUGUGUAAAGUCGGCUGUAUGUUACAUAAAGGGAAUACCAUGGCGAGUGUCACUGAUUCCGCGCAAGACCAACGUUAAUGGUGUGAAGGAAGUGUCAUUAGGAAUCUUCCUACAAUGUUCUGUGGUCUCUUACAAUGAGUAAGUUAUAUUAUUAGGCAUAGUAAAGAGAUUUUGGAAAAAAAAUUGAUAAAUUAUUUUAGAAUAAGGUACUUUUUUGUUUUUCUUAUAGUCAUAUUAAUGUUACAGUUCGUGGAAAGUGAACGCGCAAGCUGAUAUAGUGUUACAUGGUGAAAAGGAGUUCAAACGAAAGACGAAUCACAACUACACUUCCAAAGAGUGUGAUUGGGGCUAUUCUACGUUCAUCACUUAUAAAGUAAGUUUAUUCAACAAAACUAACACAACUUUGUUAAUUUAACAUUAUGGUUAUUGAUAUUCAAUUUUAAAUUUAGGAGUUAUUGAACGAAAGCGGAGGUUACUGUAGAAACGAUUCGAUUAUGGUCAGAGUUUUGGUCAAUUCUGUUGAAGCCAGUGGAAUUAUGUAUGUUUUUCUAAAUACUUUUAUUGUUUAUUUUUGUCUUGUAGCAUUCAAAUGUGUACUUCAUAAAGGGAACAAGCUAAUAUACUGUAACGUAAACUAAAUUUUAUAAAAACAGUGUUUUUAGGGAGUUUGAAGAUUUUCAUCUCAAGAUGAAACAAUACAUCAAGAUCUGUGAGUUGCAACGGGAGAAGGGUUACAUAGACAAGGCCAUAGACUGUAUCGUCCAAGCGAUCGCUUUGGCGUCAUAUUAUGUAGAUGUCAAGUCUCUGAGGGAGCUGGAAAAGUGUAAGAAGGAACUGAUCAGCUACAAAGUAAAAGAAUCUAUCCAAAGGAUUGAAGCUGGCCGCGAAGCUUCUACGAUUGACGCCAGUAGUGUCGUCAAAGGUAAAAUACGGUUUUCAAAAUUUUGCUGUUUACAACGGGUUAAAUUUGAUGUUUUUAAAAAGUAUUUGAGUUGUAGUAGUGUAAUAUUGUAGAUAAAUAGUAGUAUAGCUUUUUGCUUUUUAAUAUCAAUAUGUCUAAUAAUGAAGCAGAUAGCGAUUUAGGAGGUUUGGCGGCUGAGACUGGUCGAUUGGUCAACAAAACAGCUAGAGCUCAAUGUGAACGUAAGAAGAGGAAGAGCUGCAGCAGUUCUAAUCAAGUAUGUUUCUCUAACGUUGUCAUUGGUUAAGGAUAGUUUGAUUAUUUGAAAAUACUAACAUAAUACAAUCAAAAGUAGUCUUUUUAGUACUUUUUGGUUUAAUAAGCUACAAAUGUUAAAUUUUAGACGAUUUUACUCAUUUUAAAUAAUUUUUUUAGAAUUCAAAAAAGAAGACGUCAAACGCCAAACAAGAGUUUAUCAAGACAGUCCAAGUGACCAACUACAAUUCAUCGUGCAAACAGGUGACCACUUUUGUGCCAUUUAAUUGUAAAGUCAAGGAUUUGCACGCCCAUGACACGACGAUGAACAAUAAUAACAACAAUAUGAUAACGAUUCAGAAGAAUAUCAAAACCAAAGAUUCUUCAGUGUCUGUAGAGUAUACGUCAACAAAGUUUGUGAACAAUAUCAACGUUCCGGCAGUCGACGAAGCCAAUAUGGCUAAGCUACAAGAUAUCCUGAAGGCAGGAAAGCCGGUCGUUCAUUUGAGUUUGACAAUUGAAGCUGUUAACACAGAAGGCGAGUUGGAGAGGGUGAUUGUGAAGCAUAUCGUAUCAGGGGACAUGAACAAGGAUCAAGUUGCUAAGGACAUUUUGAAGAAACAUGAAAAGGUAGGUCCACAUUUGCAUAUUAUUUAUGGUUUGCUAAUGAUGUAUAGUAUGUUAACGAAGUUAUAUUGCGCUUUACGUUGAUAUCAUAGGAAAACAUCUAAUAACUAUGUUUUUAGGAUUGGCAAUCUGAUGCUGAUCUAAAAAGAUUCAUUCCCGAGCUGAAGCGUGUUACCUCAAGUGACGAGUUCAAGCUUCUUCUGGACGCUCAGAUGAAACCAGAAAAGAAAGAAACGUUAUCGAAGACGAGGUCUAGAGCGGACAAGACUAUCUUCUACAAAUCUCAAAUUGGGGAGGAGAUCAAGGAAGCAGCAAUCAAAGGAAUGGCAGGAUUCUUCGCGAGUAGAGAGAACGAUAGGGAACAGUACGUGCCCUCGGAAGUUACACCGCCAAAACCUUUUGAUUUGUGUGUGUCAUGCGAAGAAAAGUGCAAGGUAAAGUUGUAAAAUAUUACUUUAGCUUGAAACACAAGGCCUAAGAUACAAAAUUAAAUUUUAAAUUUGCAUUUUUUAACUAUAGAGAACUGAUAAUAAGGUUACAUAUUUGAUGUUUAAAACUUUUUAGGGAAUGAUGUCUGAAAGAAUACUCAAAACGAAGAAGAAGCUCAUUCUCUUCUACAAGUUCUUACAAGGUUAUUACUACUCAAAAGAGUUCAAAGACGCCUACGAGAAGAUCAUCAACUUUGUGGAUGUCACUGCAGAGAACAGUAAGUGUUCUACUGGGAGUUUUUGUUGUCUGGACUCUGUUUCUGAGUUUAAAUGUAAACAAGGUUUAUAUUAUAUUGGUUUGAAAUUAUGUAAUAAUUUAUAUUAAUUUUAACUUCAGUGAAAGAAAUCGACUUUAUAAUGCACGUGAAUGAAGUUUUCGUGGAGUUUGAGCAUUGGGAUCCGACCAAAGAUACGGUGUUUGACUUGUUAUGUCAAUUCUACAGUGUUCUGGAUGCUGUUUUACUACCGGUCGAUACGAUUCUACCUUCCUUUUACGAAAUGACAGCGAGUGUCAUCACGAAGAACCGGAUGAUCAUAGAAGCAUAUGAAGAACAAGAAGAUGAACUAGACGAAGUUCACAGCAAACUCGAACUGAUGGAGGAUCAGGAGAUCGAGAACAGAAACAUCAUCAAGGAUCUGAAGAAGGAGAACAAGAAACUCAAGAGGCUGGAGAAGAAUUGCACCACCGAGUUGGACAAGUGCAAAGACAAGUUCUACAAAACGUGGGUUUUUAUUAAGUUUGGAUAACUUUUUUUUUGUUUACGUUUUUUUAUUUAUAUAGUUUGAUAAAUAUUGCAUUUUAAUAAAAUUUGUAGCGAUGAAUGUGUUAAAUCGCUGAUCAAAGACAUGGAUAAGGUGACAGUAAGAAUCAAAAGUCUCGAGAGGGAAUUGAAUGAAAAAGCCAAAGCUGAACAAAGUUGGAAGGAUUCGAAGAAACGGCUACAGAACGAGCUGAGGGAGAGUCAGAGGUUGGUCAAACAGCUGAAAGAACAACUCGAGAAGUCGAAAGAUCACGUCAAGAAACUUGAAACGGUAAGUUGCUAUCAAUUUUCAAUUUGGUCUUCUAAGAUUAUAUUGUUAUUAUGUUUAUUUUAUGAGUUCCUAUACAUGUAAAUUGAUUGCCAGUUCUAUAUUUACGUUAUAUGCAUUGAAGUUUUGACAGCUAAGCGUCACUAUAGAGUUUUGUGCUUUUGUUUGUUACCUUACUGUUUAUUCAUGAUGUUUUCAGAAGAAGACAGCUCAAAUGGCACAGAAACCGAUAGAGUUGGGUAAAAUUAAGGAAUUGGAAAAGGAACUCAGUAAUUACAGAGUUAAUGAGAGUGUCCUCAAGUUUGAGAAGUCGAUCGUUACAGCUGAUGUCACGUUACGAAUGAUCGGGCAAAGAAAACGGCAAGGGUAAGGUCAAGUUUAUUGUUGUUUUGCUAUUUUAGGUAUAACUUUUAAGAAAAGUCUUUGGAGAUGUUCCGUUUUAAGUUAUUUCAAUCUUGUUUUAGAUUCAUGAAUCCAACGGAUGUAGCCGACUUAGACAAGCAAGAGCUGUGUUGGUCUAGCUAUCGACAAGAGAUGCAACGUUACGUUGAUGUAUGGAGGACGCAACAACAACGCCCAACCCAUCUGAGGGUACCAUUGGAACCAGCCGGACUUACUUUGCCUCCGGUGAUAAGAGUAGAAAAGGUGGUGCAUCUGAAGCCGGUCUACUUGAACGAGUACGGUGCUGUGACUACGCAGCCGGUUUGGGAUCUGGAGUUUUGA